AUGGAUCCCGAGGAGAUAGACGACCCCUUGCUAAGACAGGCGAUUGAGGCUUCCUUGAGGGAUCUCAACGGCGAUUCCGAGCCCUCUGCAUCUCGCCAACCUUCAGAUCAUGUGGUGGACCUGACUAAUGAUUCUGAUGACCAUGAAGAGUUAUUCCCUAAGUCAAAGGCCACUGUUGGCUCUGAUACCGAUGACGAAGCCGAGCAAGAAAUGCAAAACGACGAAGAGCUCAGACGAGCAAUAGCUAUGUCAUUGCAAGAUCAGUACCAGGGCAAUAGCCCAUUUGAAGGGGAGCUACAAACUGAACAGCCUGAUCCUCCUCCUAUGGGAAUGCUAGGCCUGGAUAGAAAACAGAUGGAAGCGGAGCGCCGCGCUCGCCUGGAAAAACGCAAAGCAGAGAACUCUGUAUCGUCACCAGAACAGUCUCCAACAAAAGUUUCCAAGGUAGAGGAUCGAUUAGGCGCAAACCAAAAUAUCCGAGAACCCAAAACGGUUACUCAACCAUCCUCGUCAACUCACUCAGCAUCGCCGAUGAGACCGACUGCACGCCCAGGAAUUCAGUGGCCGCUGGGAAUCGUCAAAAAGACCCAUGUUCUAGGCACAGAGCGUGGCAGUGAUGAAAUCAGGAUUGAAGAGGUCAUUCAAAGAGCAGAUCUAGAACUUGCAGUUUUCAGUUCGUUCCUAUGGGAUAUGGACUGGCUUUUCACGAAAUGUGACCUCUGGAGGACACGAUUUAUUCUCAUCAUGAGCGCCAAGGAACAAGUCCAGCGAGAUCAGAUGAACGAAGAGACUAAGGGCAUGAAGAACCUCCGCUUGUGCUUCCCGCCAAUGCCUGGCCAGGUCAACAUAAUGCAUUCAAAACUAAUGCUCUUAUUUCAUCCUGAAUACUUGCGUAUAGUUGUUCCUACGGCCAAUCUGACACUGACAGACUGGGGAGAGAAUAAGUUGAUGGAGAAUACAGCUUUCCUUAUCGAUCUACCAUUGAAGGCUAACCACAAGACCCCAAGCUCGAAGACAUUCUUCCAUGAGGAGCUUGUCCAUUUCCUGAAAGCCAGCACUCUCAACGAAAACGUUAUUGCCAAAAUGGACAAAUUUGACUUCACCGAGACUAAACGCUAUGCGUUUGUUCACACAAUUGGUGGGACCAACGGGCCUAAUUCCGAAGAGUCAUGGAGACGAACUGGCUAUUGCGGCCUAGGUCGUGCUGUGAGCCAUUUAGGUCUGCGAUCAUUUUCACCCAUCAACAUCGAUUUUGUGGCGUCAUCUAUCGGGUCUCUCAAUGACGAAUUUCUUCGUGCUAUGUACUUAUCCUGCAAAGGUGAUGAUGGCCUUGCUGAGUACGCAAUGCGCUACAAUAAUUCGUCUUCUGUUUCCCAAUCGGCCAAUAAUCAUCACCGGCACAUGAUGAAAGCUGGCGAUGAAUGGCGAGACCGCUUUCGCGUCUAUUUCCCUUCAGAUAAGACUGCACGUCGCGCGCACCAACAUCCGGAAGAGACUGCUGGAACUGUAUGCUUCCAGUCAAAAUGGUGGAAGGCCGCUAAGUUCCCUAAACAUGUUCUGAGAGACUGUGUUAGCCACAAAACUGUCUUGAUGCACAAUAAGCUCGCUUUUGUCUGGCCUUCGGAGCCCAUAGCCCUCGAAAACAAUCAAGAAUGCAAAGGAUGGGCUUACAUCGGGAGCGCCAACUUGUCCGAAAGCGCAUGGGGCCGUCUUGUCAAGGACCGUACGGAGAAUAAACCUAAGCUUAACUGCCGCAACUGGGAAUCCGGCGUGUUGGUCCCAAUUAUCACUCCCAUCGAUACAGCUUCCGACUCAGGCAAGAGAUCUGAAAGCUCCUUCUCAGAGGGAACACUUCAAGUAGGCAGCGAAUCGUCGACUCCGAAAAUCGAAGCAUCCAACCUCCCAACGGAGAUCUUCCAGGGCACUGUUCCAGUUCCCAUGAAAGUUCCUGCCCCUGCGCUGAGCCAGAGUCGGCCGCCUUGGUUCUUCAUGGGUAGAGACUGA